AUGGAGUUGAACCAGGUAGAGCAGGCUCAAGACAUCGAUUACAAGAAGGCGUCUUCGGCCCCACAACGCGAGGUUGAUCUUGGCUUGUACCGUAAUAUUGGUAUCAUGGCGCACAUUGAUGCCGGUAAGACUACCACAACGGAACGUAUUUUGUUUUACACCGGAAAAUCUUAUAAGAUCGGUGAAGUGCAUGAAGGCGGAGCCACUAUGGACUGGAUGGAGCAGGAACAAGAACGUGGCAUUACUAUUACCUCCGCAGCCACCACUUGCUCUUGGAAUGACCACCGCAUCAACAUUAUCGAUACGCCUGGUCAUGUUGACUUCACUUUGGAGGUCGAGCGUUCGCUGCGUGUGCUUGACGGAGCUGUUGCGGUGUUCGACGGUGUGGCUGGUGUUGAGCCCCAAACAGAAACUGUGUGGCGACAGGCGGACAAAUAUAAGGUCCCGCGUAUGUGCUUUCUGAACAAGAUGGAUCGUACUGGUGCCAAUUUUUACUUUUGCGUGGAUACCAUUAUCGACCUUCUGGGAGCUACCCCUGCUAUCUUGCAGCUUCCCAUCGGAACCGAGUCGGACUUUCUAGGUGUUGUCGAUCUUGUCACCAUGGAAGCCGUGGUCUGGCGUGGGGAGGAUCUUGGCGCCAGUUACGAUCGUAUCCCGCUUGCAGAAUGCAACGACAUUCCCUUGGUCGACGACGCCUUGAAAGCAAAGGCCGAAGAAUACCACGAGAAGCUAGUAGAACUUGCGGUCGAGCAGGACGAAGAAGUUCUCAUGGAAUACUUGGAAGGAAACAUGCCAGACAUCCCUACCCUGAAGAAACUGAUUCGUAAGGGAACUCUUGCUCUUGCAUUUGUCCCUGUCGUAACUGGAACAGCUUUCAAAAACAAAGGUGUUCAGCCUUUGUUGGAUGCUGUAGUUGAUUACAUGCCUUCCCCUUUGGAGGUUGAGGCUAUACGAGGAAUCGAUGAGGCUGACCAGCCUGUUGUUCGUUACUCUUCUGAUGUCGAACCCCUUUCCGCGCUCGCUUUCAAGGUUGCCAAUGAUCCUUUUGUCGGAACCUUGACCUUCACUCGUAUUUACUCGGGUGUAAUGGAGACGGGCACGUCCGUUUACAACUCCGUCAAGGGAAAGAACGAACGCAUUGGGCGUAUGCUUCAGAUGCACGCCAAUGAGCGCACAGAAAUCAAGUCUGCUGUUGCGGGCGACAUUGUUGCGCUAGUCGGUCUCAAGGAUACUACCACCGGAGAAACUCUCUGCAAGAAGGAGAAAGCGGUUAUCCUCGAAAAGAUGGAAUUUCCGGAACCCGUCAUCAAGGUUGCGGUCGAGCCCAAGACCAAGGCCGACCAACAAAAGAUGUCCGAAGCUCUUAUCCGCCUUGCUGCCGAAGAUCCGUCUUUCCGUUUCUCUCGUGACGAAGAAACGGGCCAGACUAUCAUUGAAGGUAUGGGAGAACUUCAUCUCGAAAUCAUUGUCGACCGUAUGAAGCGCGAAUUUAACGUGGAGGCAAACGUUGGUGCUCCCCAGGUCUCCUACCGUGAAGCCAUCACCACGAAGGCCGAAAUCGACUACACACACAAGAAGCAGUCCGGAGGCUCAGGUCAGUAUGCUCGUGUCAAACUUAUCUUUGAACCGAAGGAAUUCAGUGAAGAAGAGGGAUCCAUGGACUUUGAGUUCGUUUCCGAUAUUAAAGGGGGAAACAUUCCCAAGGAAUAUGUUCCCGGUGUGCAAAAGGGUAUUGAGUCCGUGCUCGGACAGGGUGUGAUCGCGGGGUACCCAGUUUUGGGAAUGAAAGCAACCUUGACGGAUGGUGCUUACCAUGAUGUAGAUUCUUCUGUCAUGGCUUUCGAAAUUGCUGGGCGUGCGGCUACGCGAGAAGGUCUGCGAAAGGCCAAGGCGCGUCUCAUGGAACCUUUGAUGAAGGUUGAUAUCACCACCCCGGAAGAUUACAUGGGAGACAUUCUUGGAGACAUUAACGCUCGACGUGGACUGGUGGGAGAGCUCGGAGAGCGAGGAAACAUCAAGACUAUCUCCGCGCUCGUUCCUCUAGCUAAUAUGUUCCAGUACGUUUCUACCCUUCGUUCUAUGAGUAAGGGACGAGCAAAUUACUCUAUGAAACUGGCUAACUACGAAUUUGUCCCCCCAAACGUUGAGGAGGAGUUGAAGAAGGGCUUUACUGUCAAGGAGGACGAGUAA